AUGUAUUCGAAGUGGCUAGAAACUAAAUUGAAAGACGGUACAAUAAAAUAUUUUGAAUAUUCAGAAUUUAAAGAUGUUAAAAAAAUUGGAAAAGGGGGACAUGGAAUUGUCUAUUCUGCUGAACGCAAUGAAAUGAAAGUCGCAUUGAAAGAAUUUAUCGAUAGUAUUAAUAAAAAAAGAUUUGUUAAUGAGCUUAAGCAAUUACUUACAGCUAAUAAUCAUCCGAAUAUUAUUAAGUUCUUGGGUAUUACCACCGGAGCAAAAUCAAGUGAUUUAAUAAUUCCGAUCAGACAACUUCAUGAAUUUGAGUGUUGCUACGGACACUAG